UUGCUUGGUGGAAGAUGGAUAGAGACGCACACAUUGUCUUUACCUUAAUCAGAAAUGGAUAUACACCUGUCGGCCAGUAUAUGACUUAAUUCGUUAAUGAGAUGGAAGCUCAGAAUGCCGUACAGUUUAAAGUGUAGAAGAAACGUCAUCAGUGUGUGAACGAUGAGUGUGGUUUUUGGAGAGAAGACUGGGCCUCAUUGUGCCAAACUUUACGGGAUGAAUGAUGUUCGAGUUUCCUGACCCCCACAAACCGACUGGAUACUAAGACAGGGUUUACCUGGGGGUAAAGGUCAUUCAAUCUACACAAAGGAUUUGAACUAUAACUUCUAAGGCGAAAAUGCUGCUCUUGUCAUAACCGUUGGACCUCGGACACCGCCGUUAGGGAACUAGACGUGCUAUUGGCCAAAGAUUUCCUUAGCUGACCAGUUCUUCUGUCCGUCGAAUUGACCAUCUUAACCAUCGGUUACGUAGCUUUCAAGUGUAUUUUCCAACAACAAGGAAAGUAGAGAAACGCCCUCUGGAGGAAUCCAUAUACUGCCGGGAGAUUUUGGGAUUUAACCGGACACCGAUUUUUCUGAAUUGUGAAGAUGUGUUUUUUGUGUUUUGCAAUGGUGUCUGUCUGAUCGGACGUUACAUUUCCCUGUGUCCGUCCUGAUGUCCGCGCUGUGACACGUGACAGGAUGAUGAUACUGGGGCAGUGGAUCAACUGCAUAGUACUGCUGUUACUGGUCUGGGCUGACUGUGGCCUCUCGGUCAAGUGGCUAGCUUUGUAUCAGAGUAAACAGAAACCUUGGCAAGGCAACCAGAACUGUUCUAAAGCUUUCGGUAUGGUGAAGCGACAGAUUAAGAUAUGUAAACAAAACCUUGACUUAAUGGGGACUGUGUCACAUGCUGCUGUACUAACGAAAGACACGUGCGAAUCACAGUUUAGUGACAGGAGGUGGAACUGUUCAUCAAUCCGGAAGUCUCCUCGUCUUACACGUGACCUUGUAAGAGGUACAAGGGAGCAGGCAUAUUUAUAUGCUAUAUCGUCAGCCUCGCUCGUGCAUUCUGUUGCACGUGCAUGCAGUAUAGGUGUGACGACUAAGUGCAGUUGUGGAGCGCUCCCAAAUAGUCCCCCCGAUGGCGAGUUUAAAUGGGGAGGAUGUGGGGAUGAUGUGAAGUUUGGACUUUAUCUAAGUGAAAGUUUUACAGACGCUUCUUUGUCAAAACGAGGCAAAAUUAGAACGUCUAAAAAGGCACAGAUGAAUCGUCAUAAUAAUGCUGCAGGUCGGAAGAUCGUUUCUGACAGCCUCACGAAAGCUUGUAAAUGUCAUGGUGUGUCGGGGUCCUGCUCAAUAAAGACGUGCUGGAAAGCUCUUCCUGAUUUCACAUCCAUUGGAACCAUCCUUAAACGUCGCUAUACAACAGCUGUGGAGGUUAAAAGGAAAAGACGAAAAGGAGUAAAAAUAUUCCUCCCGCUGAAUCCGAAAAUUUCAUCGAUAACUAAGGAUUCCCUGAUAUAUUAUACAAAAUCUCCAGAUUAUUGUAGCCCUGAUCCAAAAACAGGGUCAGUUGGUACAGCAGGCAGGGUAUGUGAGAAGAACGGAGACGGGUGGGGAGGGUGUGAUACCAUGUGCUGUGGAAGAGGAUUCAAAAGUUUUUCUAUAGAAAUCACUGAACGUUGUGAAUGUAAAUACUACUGGUGUUGUUAUGUUAAGUGUAAGACGUGCAGAAAGACACUGCAUUUAAACACGUGCCGAUAAGACGGUCCUAUCAGCGUGCUCAAGAGUGAUAGACACUUGUGCUAUUUACCAUAUAGACACCCGAGGAUUGCUGCAAGGCAGUUCUGUGUUGUGAUUUCUUGGAAUCAGGUAUUCUUAGUUCUGACUAUGCCCUGUAUAAGGAAUGGUCUGAUGAUAAUGAUUUGGUUCCCAAGGAAUUAUGUUCAGCAAUAUAUUAUACGUGCUGCCAUUUUUAUCCUUUCUUUGAACUUCCAGUUAGUAGAAGAAACGAUAUAUGAAAGAAUAUGAUUGCGAUGUUUUUAUUGGAUAAUGCUGAGUAUGCAUUAAAACUAAGUAUGCAUAGCAUGUUUCUAAUUGAAUAUGAACGAUAAUGUUUAAACAACAGCAAUGAACUCUAAAUCUUAGAUAUUGGUGAUAUGUUGAUAUCAUAGCCCCUAGUUAUAAUCAAAAUUAAAAUAGAACCUUCAUCUUGUUAUCGAAACAAGUUGAGGACCCAGACAAUAAUGAAAACUCAGUGCUGUGUUGGUAUACACCUGUGGGAUAAGGCGAGGUAGCGAUGUGGUAUAUGUUUUUUUUAGCCAAGAGACUAAAAUCAAAAGAUAGCAGAUAUCAACAUGACGUCGGAGUGGUUUCCUUUUGUCACGUGAUGGCAACACCACGUGGUGAUUACAACCAAUAGGCGACUUCCCUGUGUUCCCAUGGUGACAUCUUGUUUCUUUGUGGAUGUUUCCCGUGAUGUUGGAUGAAGAGAUGUGUAUUUGGGAUGAUACUGACAUUCUACUCCCAGUUUGAAUCUGUUUUCACCUGUUUUGUAAUAUAUUCGUAGGCGAUACUUAAUUUAUACUAUUUGUAAAAUGCUGCAGAUCAUGUUGUUAUAUUUUUGUAUAUAUGAUGUCAUCAGCACAACUGUUGAGUAUGAUUGUAAAUUAUGACACCCUAUGUAUAUACGUGUACCAAAUGAAAUAAAUUAAUUAACUACUUGGUAAC